CAAUGCACCACUCGCUUUUUCCUCCAAAGUAUGUUAUAUUAAGUUUCGGGAGUCUUCAAGUGUUGGUGUGGCCCAGCAUCUAACAAACACAGUUUUUAUUGACAGAGCUCUGAUAGUUGUGCCCUGUGCAGAAGGUUGGUAUUUUCAAUAUAUUUUUUUAAAUUUUGUGGUCUCCACUCUGUCAGUUUGUUCCAUAUGUUUUUUUCAGCACUUGGGGAGCAGAUGAUACAUGUACAUUUGCUGUUCUUCCAAUAAAGGAGAACAAUAAAAGGAAAGAGAAGAUAUUACCUGGAAUUCUACAAAUUUUCAGUGUUUAAUUAGUUCUAAAAUAUGUGGUUACUUUCCUUAAUGUAAUAUAGACUUUUAUAAGGAUGAGGACUUGUUUCUUUCACUAAUUUUUUUUCUUCCAAAAUGUGUUGUUCACCAUUUGCCUAGAAAAAGUGAGUUGAACAACACAGAUGAAAACAUAGUUUUCCCAAGCUAGAUAUCAUCUAAUCUUCCAUUAGAAAUAUUAUAUAACACGGGUAUCAAACUUGCCACACAAACUUGACGUGUCGCAACAUAUCGCAACUUUUUUUGCAUUACUGGAACUGGGUGCAGCCUCUGCAUGAUGCAACGGGCCCACAGGCCAGCAGUUUGACACCCCUGAUAUAUUACAUAAGGUUUGCGCCAUUUUAGCUUAAGGGUUUUUUUUUUAUGUCCAUGCCACUUUUCAAGAGAAGGCCUGCCUAAAAAGCUAUUCCUGUAUUUACUUCUAAUAUUGUUGGAAUUUUAGUUAAGUUCUUUGGGCUUAAUUGGACUAUGUUAAUAUUAGGGUACAUUUAUUUUGUAUAGCAGUGUUGCAAAAUAUUUAUAUAAUCAGUUAUUCUUACAUUAGCUUUGGAUUUUGUUAGCUCAGUAUUUAUACUUGAAUGCCACUUUUGUAGCUUUAGUAGAAAGGCAAGAAAGUGGAAUAGCCUUGCAGGUAAGAGAGGAUUUUGAAAAGUGUUAUUACUAAUGAUUCAUUCAUAGUUCAUAGUUGGUAGAAAGGAAAAUGUUGGGGACAGCAGCUGAAAACCAUAGGUGGUUUUAAUUUAAUUUAAUUCUAAUUAUUCAGGCAAAAGUUAAAAGGUGGGAUUUUGAACAAAAAUAUAAAUAAUUCAAAACUGAGGAUACAAGUGAAAUGGCACUCAGUGAAGGCACAGCAUGUUUCAAAACUCAACAGUUGAUUGCCCACUGCAACCUUAUAGCAGCUAUGCUCCAGGGUUUAAACUCUAGGCAUAUAUUAUCUCCCUUCUGAAUUAAAAUUAUUUGGUGGGAUACAAAUGUCCCUUGGAGGUGGCUGAGUUACUUUUGCUAUAAUGGUUCUGUCUAGGCUGGGCACCACUGGUUUCAGCAUUGCCAUUUUUUUAUGUUUCUAGACUGCCCAUCUCCCUCAGGGAGGAUAGUUGCAGCCUUUACAUUCUCAGCCUUUUGUUCUCUAUAAAUCAGUUAAAAAUGUAGACUUAACAGCAUCUGGUUCCUUUCAUGAACUGCUCUUGCUGUUACAGAGUUUCUUCCAAUAGUCAAAGUCUGCCUUUGUGAAAUUUAAAAAUAAUUUUUUGGUUAUUUACCCUUUGGAAUGAGAGAGAAUUGAUUUGAUUUCUUGUAACAUCCCUUCAAAUAUUUAAAGAGUUUUAUCAUAUUUUCCCUCAGUUGUUCAAGUCUAAGCAUGUACAAUCUUUGCAAUAUCACUUCGUAUUAUUUAGUUUCUAGUUCCUUAUUGCUCUUCUCUCUUUGAAUCCUCCUUGAAGUACUAAACUAUUCUAAUCAAAACAGAAAGAAAUAGAAAUAGUAUUUGCCAUGAUUCAGGCAGAUUAUUUUUGCCUUUUUAUAAGUAUUAUUCCCAGGCUAUAUAUUUUCCAUCAUAUGCUUGUACAUUUAAUGGUUGUUUCCUAAAAAAAGUUUUUGCACUUAUUUCUGAUUAAUUUUAUUCUCUUACUUUUAGACCAUUUCCCAAAUCUCUCAAGUUCAUUGCUUAUUUUAGUACUGACUUCGGAGGCAUUAGCUAGCUCAUUGUGUUAUGUUCUCCGCAAAUUUUAGAAGCAUUUUCUUUUCUUCAUCCAAGUGAUUAAUAAAAAUAUUGAAGAGUUGAAGACACAAGACUGAUCUUUGUGGCAUUCUGUAUGAUACUUCUCUGAUUUGAUGAGCAACCAUCAAUAUGCAUUUUCUGAGUAUAAUUUCUGACCCAGCUGUGUCCACUUAAUUGUCACCCAGUCCUUACUUAACUAUCUUGCUAAUAAUGUCAUGAGUUACUUGUUGAAAUGUUUGUGCCAUAAAUAUACAGCAUUCCCAAAAUGUGUCCAAGAAGUACUCAGUCAAAAAUGACAUAAGGUUACUUUGACAAGAUUUGUCCAUACUAACAUUUGGUAAGUAAGUAAGUAUAUUUUUCCAAAUUAAUUUCUUUAUCUUCUUCUCCAAAAUUUUCCUAAGUAUUGAUGUCACUCUGAUUGGCACAUACUUUUCUGAAUCUUUUUCCUCUCUUUGAAGAUAGGGACAUUAUUGUCUCUCCUCUAGUCAUCUGGCACUUGCCCAGUUCUCAAGGAAUUCAAGACAAUUACUUAUUUCCUAGCAUGCAGUUCACCUGGCCCUGGAAAUUUAAACUCAUUCAAAAUUAAAAAAGAUAAUCCCCGGCUAUGUUUCUGUUAUUCCCAAGCUUCAACCACAGAAUUUAAAGGGUUCAUUUAGGUUACUGAGUACAACUCCAAAUUAAAGCAUCUCAGCCUAUUGCUUUUCAUAAUUUCUUGACAAAAUUCUUUUGUUCAUUGAAAAAAAAACAACUAAUUGUAUUUACUUUAUCUGUUAGUAUUUUGCCAUCUUCAUUUUUAUUUUUUGUGAACAUAUCUAAAAAAGUCCUUUCUGUUGAUCUUAGCAUUGUUAGCUUAUGCUAAACUUUUGCUUUCCAGAAACCAUCUGAGCAGUUCUACGCAGCCUGUCUAUUGGCUCUUUUGUUACUGGAACACUUUCAGUUUCUCUCACUUGUUUAUUUUUUCCAUUUUUCUUUUGUAAUGUCUUUAUCCAAUUAAUAUAGUUUUUGUUUAUCAUUUUAAUGAAGGACUGUAGAAUGGGAAGCUCCCUUGAUAGGCCUGUGUGUAAUCUGAAAGUUUGUUUUAUGAAGUCCAUUUUUUAUUUUUGUUUUAAAUUAGAUUCAUAGCUCUUUGGGCUGUGGAAGAUUAUUUGCUAAAAUACAAAUAUCAAAAAAGUAUCUGUUGGUGCUGUUACAUCUUUAUUUGCUUUUCUUAUAAUUUUGUCACAAUUCUUGAUAAACUUAAUUCUGUGAACUCUUUGAUUAAGUAUCGUGAAGAAAAUAAAGCAAAUAUAUAUACAGAUUUUUUUCCUUCCGUUCAGUCGUGUUUAAUUCUCAUUGCCUGUAGAAGGCCCUGCAGUUUUCUUCGCAAGGUUUUUCAGAAGUAGUUUGCCACUGCCUUCUUCCUAGGGCUGAGAGAAAGGAAUUGGCCCAAGAUUACCCACCCGGCUUUGUGCCUGAACUGAAACUAGAACUCACAGUUUCCUGGUUUCUAGCCUGAUGCUUUUACCAUUAUAACCAAUUAUCACUAUAUAUAGAAUGGAAUAUGUUAAUUAUAAUGCAGUUAUAUACUUUGACUUCAGGGAACACAAUGUGGAAAAGUUCUGUUUUAAGUAACAGGUUUUUUCUAGUGCAAAAAUGUGGACAUAUUUGGAUAGAGAGUAUUACAAAUCUUUAUUUUCGUUUUAAAAGCAAAAUUGUCUGAUAAGAAUGAUGACUUAAAAGUAUUAGUAAGUUAAGUUAUGUGGUUUUUACUAAUUCAUUUUGUUUGUACUGAUAUUUUAUAUGGUUUAUUCAGGAAGAGCAAAUAUUUAAAAAUACUGCUUUAUUGUGUUCAUUCCCUUUGUCUACAACAAUAUAUUGGAGUAGCUUCAUUAAAUAAGCAUAGUUAUCAAAGGUUACAUAUUGUACAUCUUUGAAUUUUUUUAGUCUUAAUAUAUUAAUUUGUACUUCUGAUCUAAAUUAUAAUAUUGCUUGUAUUUUUAUAUUUGAUUUCUAAUAAGGAUAAGAGAAUAUACCAUAUUUGAUUUCUAAUAAGGAUAAGAGAAUAUACCAUAUCUCUCUCAUGUAGCUGUGGAGUUUCCAUGCCUGGAGUAGAAGAGCAUAUGAAAAGACAAUUUCUGUUCUUCUGCUUGUUAUUAUGCAAAAAGCAGCUCAGAAAGACACAGAUUUCUCCAAUUGAAAAAUCUCUCUUUACUAACUUUAGUAUUUUGCUACUAGACAAAUGCAGAGGAUUUAGUGGUGUUCUUUAGCUCUAUACUCUCCCUUUACCGGUAUAUUUGGCUCAAUAAUAAGAUGAGUUAACAGAAAGCAAAGUCAUUUAUAUUACAAUAGCACUUAGAUAAGUUAUAAUUCCUCCGUCAACGAGUUAUUAGAUUUUUUAAAAAUGCAUUCCCUAUUAUGUGGUAUAAAGUCAAUGAGAUUACAUCAAGGAUUAUGCAUAUAAUCUAUCAGUUUGAAUUUUGUCUAUAAUUUACCAAUUUAACUGCAAGGGAUACAAAAUCAAUACUUUUAAAACAAUUGAAGAGAUUGCAGCAAUCGUUGGCAUUUACUCCCUCCUCCAGAGUAAAUUCUUUUUUCCAAACCUCUGAAUUUAUGUGGUGAUCUUCCCAACUUUGUACUUCCCAGAUAUGUUAAAUUUCAAUUAAUAGAAUUUUUAGCCAGCUGUUUUGGCUGAGAAUUUGAGGAAUUCAUUGAACACAGUGGAAAGAUACUUGGAUUAGGAAGGAUUAUUCUACCAAUAAGCCUACUAAAAGUAAGCUUAUUAGCAGCUAUUCCAAAGUAAGUAUGCAAAGCUAUUCCUCUGCAGUCAGUGCUGGGUAAAUAUAAUGUCUUAAUUAUUUAAAUUUUGAGAUUAAUUACAAGUGAUUCAUACGGUUUUAUUAAAGUGAAAAGCUCAGAUCAAAUCCGUAGGCUUGUAUAUUAGCAAACUCAGCAGCUCCCUUGGAUUUCAUAUGAAAAGUGGAGAGUUACAUAGGAUGUAGAGCACAAGUGCUCUGUUGAUCUACUCUCUACUGGGAAAUCCAAAUGGUGUGAAAGCUAAUAUUUAUGAAUUUAUUAUUGUACAAAAUCCAGACAUAAAAAGACAAGGGGAGGGAAGAAUGUUGAGACUUUUUUAAAAUGUUCAUCUUGUCUGUCAGGGUAUUACUCUCAGCAUUGCAUGGCAAUGGCUUCACUGAAUAUUAAAAAUGAUGUCAAAUACAUAAUUCAUACUUCAUGACUAACUUUGUGAUUUUGGAUACAAUGAAACAUCACAUUGUCAAAAUGCAUGGUCCCCUUCUCAUUUUAUGUGUAUUUAAGAUUUCUCUCUGACUUUGAUCUACUUUGAGAGAAGACAAGAUUGAAAUACAUCUGAUACCACCUUUAAUCAUCAUUCUAAACUUUAUGUCCACAUUUUCUGGUAGAUGGAUUUUGACUAUUAAUUUGGUUUUGUAUGUUUUCUCUGUGUGAUAUUUGUGCAUUAUUAGAUGACUAGACUGGCCAAGGCAGACCUGUUACACUUGCCUGAAUUAGGCAUUGUUUGCCAUGCCACUAAACCUGCCGCCAAGUGACAACUUCAGGGGGGAAAUGAGAACGGAGUCUGGCCUGCAGAAGAUGGACGCCCUGUCUCUGUUUUAUUAUUUUGUUUUGCUUUAUUUUUCUUCUUCUUUUUUUUAAUUUUGUCCCUUUUUUGCUGUAAUUCUUUUGUUUCUACUUGUGAACUGGUUUUUCAGUUCUGUAAAAAUGCUGUUCUGUUAUAGGAAUUCAUAACUCAUUUUAAACUUAUCCUGUGGAACUAAUACUGUGUCAGUAAGAGCUGACAUAAUUCUAAAGUCAGUUUAGACUUUGCAUUUAAACUGUAAGUGCAAUUUUAAGCUUAUAAAAUUUGAAAUCAGUGGAAAUAAUUUAUCUUAAUUAGGACUAUGUUGAUUAUCAAAUGAAGUGAUCAAAUUGUUUAUAUUAUCUCCAUAUAAUUCAGCUUCUAUAUUAUUGCUUUAUUUGGACUUAGUUUUGAAGUGUUCAUUUCUUCUGAAAUGUCUUCAGAAACUUUUCUAUCCCUAUGCCCCCACCCUGAAUCUCUCUGUUACUUUUCAAAAUAUGUAUUUGAGCAAAUGUUCUUCUUCAUGUCUAAAUUUUAUGGAAGCCUGUUGAGAUUUCCCAUUGAGAUUUGAACUGCAGAGUAUAUAAAUAUAUUGGUAAUAUGAUAAAUGUCAAGAAGGCUAAUGUUAUUUCAGGACUAAUAGGUUUUCUAUUUAUUUAAUUUUGGUAUUCAAUAUACUAAUUUCUGUAACAAAUCUAAAAAAAAUUAGGGAAUACUCAAAAUAACUUUGUGCUGACCAGUGUUUGUUUUGUAUAUUGUCUUCUCUUCACUGUAGCAUUCUGUGAGAAGGUGACAAGCAUCACUAUUUUUUUUUUCCUUGCAUCUUGGCACAUGAUUAUGACAGUCUAUCUCGGAUUAACAGACACAUAGAAUUUGAAUAUUUUCUACAGAAACUUUCCAAGAACGAUACCUUUUGUUACUCUUUUUUUUGCAACAGGGAUGAGAGUUCACAAAUUAUUUUUGGCAUCUUUUAUCAUAGUUUUGCAUAUCUUUUUUCUUUAAAUAAAAAUAUUUUAUUGUGAUCUGAUAGUUUUAUGAAUAAACAGGGAGUUACAUAAUUAGCAGUAAAUCUUAUGAGAAAUUUUGAUUGAUCUAAUGGACCAGCAGGAUCUAUAUUAGAGCUACAAAUUAUUUAGAAAUAUAAAGAUGGCCUAAAGUAAGGGGCUAAAACUUUUGAUAGAAGCUUUAAAUUGACAAUUAAAUUACACAGAUUGAAAGUAGUAGGUAGAGUUACUAAUCAGUUUAAAAUAACACAGUCUAGUUCUGAGUAAAAACUGUUUUGUGCAUCUCCAUGCUUUACAUCAUUGCUUUUAAGUGUCAUUUGAGCCAUCACCAGUGCUGAGUGUUGUGCACUUAAGGAGUUCUUUGCAAAAAUAACUAUUGAAAUACAUUUUUAUGAAUUUUCAUCGUUACCUUUUUAUGAUUACACCGAAAUCAUGCAGUUAGAUUUAGUCUGGAAUAGUUUACUGAAAUAAAACUUCUGGAUGUAAGUCUAUAUUUAGCAGAUGUUUUAAAAAAAUCUUUUAUUUUCUUUAGUUUUGAAGAUAGAUAUUCAUAUUCUUGCUUUUUAAAAGAAGGCUUGUUUUCUAGUAAAUUAGUAUCAUGUAGGUAUGAUAGCUUAGAAAGUUAGGUAUUUACUAUAAGUUGCUAUGCUGUUAUAUUUACUUGGUGGCCACCCACUGAUCAAAAAUUCCUUAAUUAAGUGAGAGAAGCUACUUUAUGACUUUUCACUUCUCUGUAUCAUUUCCCAUACUGCUUCCAGGAAUGAGGAAAUUUACAGGGGUGAGGGAAACCAUUGAAAAUUAGUUACUUCGCUUUUUGACUGAUGGAUGCCUCGAUUGGAUUAAAAUGUCUUUUAUCAGUAGGGGAAAUCCCAGUUAGAUACAGCCAUGGAAGACUGCAGUUUAUAAGCAUUUAAUUUGGAAUGCAAUUGAAUUCUAUAGGCCUAUAGAAUGAUAGGGAAUUGGGUUGAAAUACUUUCAUUUAAAUGCAGUCUACUUACCAUUUCAGUCAAGAUCCUAUUAUUUUUAAAUCCAUUCAAUCAAGUGAAACUGUAAUAUGUUUUUUAUGUUGCUGGUCUAUUCUUUCCUCUCAGCCAAAGUCUGCAGUGUUUCAACUUUUAUAUAUAAAAAGCUUUAAAUUAUAUCCUUCAAAAACUCAAAUUGUCAGAAAAUUUAAUGUAGAUCUUCAGGCAGCUUUUUAAUAUCAGAAACAUCUUCCCCUUUUUGAAGUGGAAUAACAUUUUUGAGCUUAAUAUGGAGAUCUGCAUUGUUAUCUACAUCAUAUCUUUGGCCUUUUUAAUGGAACAUCAACAUUAUAGCAUUAGUGGAUUAAUUGGUGAUUAAAUAAUAAAUAAUUAUUAAAUAAAUAAUAAAAAAUACUGUGUAUUUUUUCUUAUUAUAAAUGCCAUUAUAAUUCUAGAUAAUGGAUCUCUGUGAGGCCAGAUUGACUUAAAUUCUUAUACUUACUCUUAAUAAGUAACAAUUACUUCAGACUGGUGACUCCUUGGCAGAAUACUUUGCCAUCUUCAGUGUGUAAUAUCUGGCUUAGUAGUCUGUGCUUGAAAUAUUUACUUUUGGAUUGUUUGGGCAUAAUCCACAAAUACAAUAGUUGGCUGGUGUAAAGCAUUUUAAGAGUAGUAUAAAUUGGUUAUCCUUUCAGUAAAGAUCAAUGCAGUAGUAAUCCAUUAUUUAAAUAUGGAUAACCAUAGUGCAAAAUAAUUUUUAUUUAAUUAUUUAAAGUAUUUUUAUCCUGAUUUUCAAUCCGUAAUGUGAAGCAUUUCUGAAUUAAGAACUUGAGCAAUUUUAUUGAGGUAAGCCUUGCUCCCUAAAUAUGUAUAGUAAGAGACAAAAUCUCCUUGUCAUCUUAUAAAAACAACAGUCAUCUGUUGCACUGACACUAUGCAGAUAUAACAAACAUUGUGUCAGUGAUCAAGUAAAUAUUUUUGUAAAGACUAGAUUACACUAUCCCUCAUAAUGCUACAGAACUGUGAGCCUUGUUAGGUCAAAGUACUUACAUUACAAAUCAUUAUGUUUCUUGCCUUGCUUGAUUUGUUGUACUAGAUUGACAACUGGUGAUCAACUGGCAAUAUUUUUCACAGCCACUUUCAGCAGAAGAAAAGGCCAGCUAUUGCUUAGCACACUCCUGUUUCCUCUUUUUUCUUUUUGACUGAUUUGGUUAUUUGCCAUUUCUGGGGAUUAAACUUUAAAAAAUGUUCUUCUUUUCUGUAUCUGAUGUUCUGUGUGCUAUUAGUGAUGCAGCCAACACGAACGGUUGUCAUGUGUAACACACCUUUCGAUCACCGUGAAACAACGUCCUGCGAAAGCGUCCAUGCUUGAUAUCGUUUGGUUCAUGAACAUUAAGUUUCCAGUACAGGUAAAAUUCCAGAUGAAGCCAAAGCCCUCUCUCUCUUGGCUCCUGCCCCAACAAUGACAAGUCUGAUUCCUGGUGGAGGGUUGCUUCCUAUACCAACACCUCCUGUGACUUCAGUAAGUAAUGCUGGAUGUAAUAAUGCAGCUGGUUCAGCUACAUUUUUGAUAGGAAUUUCCCUUGGUCCACUAGGAGCCAUACCAGCAACAUCAUUGGAUCAUAACAUUACAGCCAUUGGAGACAUACCCCAGCCACCUAUUAUGGGCAAUGUGGAUCCUUCCAAGAUUGAUGAAAUUAGAAGGACUGUAUAUGUUGGAAACCUGAAUUCCCAGACUACAACAGCUGAUCAGUUGCUUGAGUUUUUCAAGCAAGUUGGAGAAGUUAAGUUUGUGCGGAUGGCAGGUGAUGAAACCCAGCCAACACGCUUUGCCUUUGUGGAAUUUGCUGACCAGAAUUCUGUACCUAGAGCUCUUGCCUUUAAUGGAGUUGUGUUUGGAGACAGACCAUUGAAAAUAAAUCACUCCAAUAAUGCAAUAGUGAAGCCGCCUGAAAUGACACCACAAGCUGCUGCAAAGGAGUUGGAGGAAGUGAUGAAGAGAGUACGGGAAGCUCAAUCUUUUAUAUCAGCUGCUAUUGAGCCAGAGUCUGGAAAGAGCAAUGAAAGAAAAGGUGGUCGAUCACGUUCCCAUUCACGUUCAGAAUCCAGAUCUAGUUCAAAAUCUCGAAGGAAAAGAUCACUCUCAAAACGCAGGAGUAGAUCCCGUGAUAGAUCACGCUCUAGUCAAAAGGACAGACGCAGAUCCAAAAGUCCAUCCAAAAAUCGUUCAAAGUCUAAAGAACGCCAAAGAUCAAGAAGCAGCUCUCCUUCUCGGGAGAAGAGAAAAGAAAGCAAAGAGAGGAUUAGAGAAAAAGAGAAGAUUAGAGAGAGAGACAGAGAUAAAGAAAAAGAGAAGGAUAGAGGUAGAGAAAAGGAUAGGGGCAGGGAAAAAGAUAGAGGCAGAGAAAAGGAUAGAGGAAGAGAGAGGGAGAAGGAGAAGACCAAGGAUAGAGAGAAGGAACGAAUGAGAGAUAGGGAUAAGGAGCGAGAAAAAAACAAAGAGAAGGAGAAAGAGAAAGAAAAAGAGAAGGAGAAAGCAGCAGAUAUGGAAAAAGAUAAGAGAGAAGAUUUGGACAAAGAAGGAGAAAAGGAAAAGGAGAGAGAGACAGAAGGAGACAAAAAAAAGGAUGACAAAGAAUAUGUCAGAGAAAAGGAGGAACACAAAGAUAAAGGAAAGGAGGGAGAGAGGGACUGUGAAAGAGACAAAGAAGGGGUGAAGGCAAAAGACAAAGAAAGAGAUCGAGACAGAGAGAGAGAUGAAAAAAAGAAAAAGGAGAAGAGAUCUAAAACACCCCCUAGAAGCUAUAGUUCCUCAAGAAGAUCACGUAGUGCUAGCAGAGAUCGAAGGAAGAGGAAGAGUCGAAGUCCUUCAAAGUCUCCUAGAUCAUCCAAAAUCACAAAAAGGAAAUCAUCUCAGUCACCAUCUCCAAGGAGAAGCAAGAAAGAGAAAAAGACGGAGAAGGAGAGAGAUAUAAGUAAUGAUGGAAGAGAGAGGGAGAGGUCUACCUCAAAGCAAAAGAGUAGUAAAGACAAAGAGGUCAAACAAAAAUCAGAUAAAAUCACAAUUGUGAAGGAUAAAGAUCUCAGUAAAGAGAAUAAAAAUUCUGAAAUCAAUAAAGCAGCAGUGGAAGAGGAGACAACAAUUGCAGCAGAAAUGGAACAACAACAGAAUGGGAAUUGCCAACCAAAUGAAGAAACAAUCUCAGUUAUAACUGAAGAUGUGUAGAAUGUUGAUUGGACAUUUGACCCAUUUGGCAAAAGAAACAAGACUUUUUCUCUGAUCUCAAAAAUCCAUCAAAAGAGGAUAAAAAAUUAUUAAGCAAUCAACUGGACAUAACAUAUUGUACUAGCAGCUAUUCCAGUCUUGAUGGUUUGGUCAGUUUGAGGACACACAAGAAGCCAAGGCUGACCAAUAGGAUAUGCUGUGACAAAACCAAACAGCAAUGGUCAAAUUGUAAAAUAAAAAGUGGUUGCAGUCUACUAUCCUGAAAAGCUACACAGAGAUGCAUUUGGAAGUUGUUAAAAUAUUUGUAGGUUGAUAAAUUUUGUUUUUCUUAUGGUUUUAAAACUAAACUCCAUGUGAUAUGUUUUGAUGAUGUGCUUGGAAAUGGUGCAGAAAUAAACAUAUUUCCCUUGAUGUUGUAAAUUACAGUGAUGAAAAGUUUUAACCCAACACAGUUUUAUAGUUGUGUUUAUGCCCACAAAGGCAAGUGAAGAUUCUUUCCUCUGUUGUUUGUGACUUUCUUUUUAUAUUUUAAAAAAAUUCUUUAGAACAUAAAUCUAAAAUUCUUCUCUUAACUAGUAGUUGAUCAAUGCAUGCUAAUUCUAAAAAGAAGAUCCAUGUUUGUACUAGAGUUCCAUUCUUCCAAUUAUAAGCACAUCUAUGUAGUAAUUCCAAACAACUGACUUUCUCUUGAGUUGUAUUACAGGGUGCCUAGUAACUUGCAAAUAGAACAGAAAGCGAAAAAUGAAUUUUUACUUUUGAAUGGAGAUGUAGAGCACAAGCUGAUGCUUUAGUGCCUUUGACACAGAGAAUAGUGAUUUCUGGUAAUGUAGAGGUUAUUUUUUUUAAUUUCUCUGUUUAUGAGUUGCUCUUUUUGAUGAUUCAAUCACACCAGAUGUCAAUCAUAUCAACCAUUAAUUAUUUAAAAUAAUUAGAUCUCUUGAUUUUAUCCCUAGCUAAUUGCUGUUUAGGGACCAUAAAAAGGCGGGCAUGAUCCAGCAUACAAUCCAGUUAAUCCAUUCAUUUUUUCAGAUCAUAUACUGAAUCAGGCAGAUGAAUAGUGCUAAAUAAAAGUAAUUGACCUCUCAACAGGACUGGAGCAUAAAAAGCUCCCUUUAAAAGUAUGUAUAUAAGAGGUUAUUUCUAUACUACUUGUGUAACAUCACAAGUAAAGAAGUAAUUAAGAUUUCUGUUCUGUUUGAUAAAGAUCUGAAAGAAAAUAAUUAUGAUGAGUGCAACUCAUUGCAGCCUUUUAAAAUUUACAGCAAAGGAUUAUACCUUAUAAUACAGUUGCCGUAAAAUCAAGAACUAUUUGAAUACAAUGUAAUACAAACAUAUGGCUUUAUAGCACUGAAAAAAGGUAUGAAAAGCCAAAUAAUUAUAUAGCUUUCAGUUUGUGUUCUCUAUAUUUGUGUUUAUGGACAGAUAGGUGAAUAUUUAUAGAAAAAUGAAAGCUAUAAGGUAAUAGAGCCCAUAGAUUGUGACACUGCUUUAGUAGCUCAUUGUUGGGUGAGGUUUUUUGUUUUUUUUGUUACAGUCUAAAGUUUCUUCAAAAAUAAAACUUUAGUGAAUGCUUUACCAUGUAAAGUAUGGACAGUAAUUUUUGAUGUUUAUGCCACAUGAAGUUGGCUAGCGAACAGCUUAUUCUGAUAAAGCAAUGACAGAUCUGAAGAACUGUGAAAGAUUGUGUCUUGGAACAGCAGCUGUCAUAUUUAUGAUGUGUAAGUAGCGUAGAGCAAAGAUUGUAUACUCGCUAUCUUUGGUACCAUCACUAAUAAAUUUUAGUAUUUUAGAGAGAAGUAGUUUUGAUUUGCUUUUUAAAGUAAUGCCUGGAAGUUGAUUAUCAUUUACUACAAUAGCUGCAUUUUGUUAUGUGGAUACUUUGGUUUGCGUUGGUAUAUAACAAAGUAAAAAAAAAUGGAAUACAGAGGAGUAUGUAUUAAAAGGUUAUAACUUUUCAGUAUACAGUAAUGGUUAGUACUUUGUGUUUCUCAAAUAUUCCAAAUUAUUUUACAUAUAUUGCCAAAGAUAGUAUUACUUUAAUUUACAAGCAGAGGCUGAGAUGGUUACAGUUGGCCUAGUGAAGCUUUGAUUGGGAUCAAUUUAAAAUUAAUGUAGUAGCUGAAUAGGUUGUCUUGUAAGUCUACAAUGAAAUCCUCUUUUCCUAUUGAAAUUGCAUCAGAUCAUUGAGACACUUUUUGUUUUGUUUCUGUGUAGUUCCACAGGAAUACAUAGACAUUUCAUUAUACAAAAUAUUGCACCAAAUUGAAGAAUACUGUAGUCAGUGUUUGCAUGAUCUUUUCUUCUACAGUUUUUCCUGAGGGCUCAGAUUCCUCCUAAAGUUGCAGUGGGGGGUGGGGGGAGGGGGCAGAUGAAGACAGAAAGAUGUAGAGCAAAGAAGAGAAAGAGCAAAGGCUGCACAGGCUUCCUUACAGAAUUCUGAAAACAAUUGUUAAAAAAUCCCAAAGUAUACAAUUUAUUCCAAUGUGACCAAAAAGUCUGUAUAAGAUAGUGUUGUCAGCUUAAAAACAUAUAAAUUCUCAAGUUGAAUUUAUUUUUUUAAAAAUUUCCACAAAAUUGUUAGCAAGGACACAGCCUAUCUUUCUGCUCAUGCAUCGUUACUUCACAAAUGUGUAGCUCAAGGUUGUAGAAUAAUCUGUCUUUAAUGUCACAUAUAGAAAUGACAGAUUUGGAGAUACAAGGAUUGUAUAAUGGGUGCAUAUGAUGACCCUGUUGUCUGCCAGAGCAUCUUGCAUAAAUGUGGAAAGAGCUUCUAUCUGCACAGGUGCCAAAGAAGCUAACUUUGCUAAAUGUUGCUGACAAGACACUGGGCAUAGUAAUUUUAGAUCCUUAGAGGACUGAAAAACGCGUUAGAACAAUUAAACAAGUUUGGGAUUUACCUUGCACUUUCCAAGAGUUCUAGUAAUAUAAAUUUAGAAGUAACUUAUUCCAUAGUGCCAUCAAAAAUAAAGUCAUAACACAAUGGGGGGGGGGUUAAACUGAAAAGCAUGAAAGAUACUGUACUUGUUUUAAUUUCCACUCCCUUACCACACAUUCUGCUAUCAAGCCAAUUCCAGUCUGAGUCUCUGAUUAAAAAGAUUUUUUUUGAAAAUUA